AUGUUUGGUAAAUUCAUAUCUGACACAUAUAAUAAGGUGAAAAGUAAAGCUGACGAGGUCAGGUUACAUGUAAGUGUACAGGCUAUUAAAGCAAAAGAAGUAUUUGGCCUAGUUAAACCAACUACCAUAGAACAACUUGAAGUAUUAUUAAAUUAUGAACUUCAACAAAUAGAUUCAGCAGAUAUGUUAAUAUCAACAUACAAAAAAUGGAUAUAUAAUAUAAGUCAAUCUGAUAAAAGUGAUUGUAUUAGAUACUAUAAAUCCAUAAAUAAAAAUAAUGAAAAGAAUUUCCUAAGUAAUGUAAAGCAAGGUUUUAAAAAUAUUAAUGAGCAAAUAGCAAAUUUUAAAGACCAAAAGGAAAGUGGAUUGACAAAAAAGGAGGUUAAUGAUGAUAUGAACGAAAAAAGAUAUCACGCAACAAAUGAAGAUCACAAUAGUGAUAAUAAUAAUAAUGAUAAUAAUAAUAAUAACAAUAAUGAUGAUAAUAAUAACAAUAAUGAUGAUAAUAAUAACAAUAAUGAUGAUAAUAAUAACAAUAAUGAUGAUAAUAAUAACAAUAAUGAUGAUAAUAAUAAUAACAAUAAUGAUGAUAAUAAUAAUAACAAUAAUAAUGAUAAUAAUAAUAACAAUAAUAAUGAUAAUAAUAAUAAUGAUAUAUAUCAUUUCAGUGAUAAUUCAUAUAAUAAAAAGAUGUGUAAUAACGAUUCUAAUAAUAGUAGUAAUAAUAUUUCACGUUGUAAUAGUAGGGAUGAAUCCAAUGAAAAAUAUACUACUUACAAUAAGAAUAUACCAAUGAAUAUAAACGUAAAUUUUUCCCUUAAUAAUAUUUAUGAUGAUCAUUAUGGUUAUAAUUUUAAAGAAUACUUUUUAAAAAGUAAUAUAUUAGAAAAAUCAAUUAGUUUAAUAUUAGAAAGAAGAGAUAUUAGAUUAUCACUUGUAGGACCAAUAGAAAAUGAAGAUGUAGAAAAUCCCAGAAUUAUUAUUCUAGAUAUGUUUAAACUCUGUUUUAUAGGUAACGAGAAAUUACAUAAAGAUAUCUUAUUUAUUAUUUUAACCACGGACAAAUUAUUUGAUAAUCACAAAGAAUUAUUUCUAGAAUUAUUAUCAAUAUUAAAACAUGAUUAUUUAGAUAUUUAUUUAACCAACCUCAGAAAAAUUAUCUCAUCAGAAGUUGUAUGUCUAAAAAGUAAAAUACAAUCAUAUGAUACUCAAUCUAUUCCUAUCAAUAACAAAUUAAACUCAUUUAGUAAUAUAAGUCCACAAAGUACCAGUUCGUCUUUAGAUUUUGAAGAAGAUCAAACCAUUAAAAAUAUGCUCUACAUAGACAAAGAUAAAAUAAAACAAACAAAUAUAAAGAACCAAAUAAAGGAUGAUGAAAAUCAAAAAGAAAAUAUACAUCUCAAAAAUGAAACACCAACACAAACAAAUGAAAUAACAUCAGACCAUUUAAACACACAAGAUGAAAUUAUUAAUGAAAAGCAAGAAAAUAUAGAACACUUCCCAAAAAAAAAUAUAUGUGAACAAAUAGAACAUCAUAAUAAAAUAUAUAAUGUUGAAGAAGAUAACAUAUAUGAAAUAGGUUUGAUAGAAAAUAAUAAUAAUAAUAAUAAUAAUAAUAAUAAUAAUCACAAUAGUGAUAAUAUUCAUAAUAGUAAUAACUUUAACCUUUUUGAUAAAGAUAUGUAUAAUUCAGAUAUAAUGUCAAAUGAAAAAGAAGUCAUCGAAAGUAAUAAAAUACAUCAAAUUAAAAUAUUAGCCUCAUAUAAAUUAAUAGACCUACAUAAAAGUGUUGAAAAAAUAUUAUUAUAUGCUACCGAAAAUAGAAUCAAAAGAAAAGAAGAAAUCAAAAUAAAAUUAGAAGAAUUAAAAAAAAUUAUGCAAGUAUGUAUGAAAGAUUGUGAUAUAACACUACAUGAUACAGAAGACUCCAAGGUACAUAUAGAAAAUGUAUAUGUUAAAGAAUUAGAUAUACAUACAAAUAAUAUUCAAAAUACACAAGAUCAAAUAACUCAGAUGAAAUGUUCUAUAGAUGAAUUAACACGAAAAAAAAAUGAAUUAUAUAAUGAAUAUCAACAAAUAUGUAAAGAAAUUCAUCUUAAAAAUCAAGAACUCUCCAACAUUAUAUCCAACCUAAGUACACACAAAAAACAAUUGACUCAAGCUGAAUAUAAUUAUUUAAAUAAAUUAUCGGAUACGAGCAAAGCAAAACAUAUGCACCAAGAAAGGAAAUUAUAUAUUUCAAAUCUUGAUAAUAUUUCGGAUGAUAUAUUAAAAGAAUAUGAAGAAUAUCCAUGUAUUAAUACACAAGAAUUAAUCGUUAAAUCAAACAAAAUUAAAAAACCAAUAAAAAUGGUUAUUAACAAACAUAUAAAUUAUUUAAAAGAUAAAUUAUAUUUAUUAAAUAUUUUAUUAAAAUUUUAUAUACAAAAAAUUAAAAAUAUUAUGGAACAAAAUAUAAAUCAACAAACAGAUAUUAAUUCACAACUUGACCAUAAUAUAUCAGAUAAAUAUGAACAAAAAGAAAAUAUGAAUAAUAUUGAAAAAAAAAAUGAAAAUAAUUUAUUAAGUAAACCUGAUAAACAAGAAAUAUAUCAAAAAACAAAUCCAAAUGAAAAACAUAUAAAAAUCAUGAAAUAUAAAAAAUCUUAUUAUAAAGUUAUUGAACAAUUAAAUAAAACAUGGAUAAAUAUUCAAGAAUUUUACGAUCAAAAUAAUGAAUAUAUAGACCAAGUAAAUGAUACAUCAACUUGUACGUAUGAAGCUAUUAAAGAAAUAUAUAAUAAUACUAAAAAUAUAAUAAGGGAAAAUAAUGAUAUUAUAUCAUCCAUUGAAUGA